AUGAAGAAGGUAAUGAUCCCUUCGUUGGAUAUGAAAAAGAGCAUUUCCGUGAAGGUAGAUAGUGAUCUGACAUUGCUACUGUCCAGUGGAGUGUACGAAAUCAAGAAGAUGGAGCCCCGCUGGAGGUUCCGGCGACCGAUCAUCAUCUUCUGUCUGUUUCUCACCAUUGCCGGCAUCAUCGGCUUUGGCUACUACUGUCCGGAUCAGGUGUGUGCCCUUUCGCGCCGGGACGGUACCUCGUCGGCGGCAGGGCUCGGUGGUAUGUCGAGCGGCAGUUCCGGCCUGGAGCUAACGGCUGGCUACGAGCACGAUAAUCUCGGCAAACCGGUCCAGCAGAAUCUGCUGGCGAACCCGGGCCUCAGCUACGAGGAGGUGCUGAACGACGACUUCCAGUUCGACAUGAACGCACACGACGUGAUGGUGUUUCUGCACAUCCAGAAAACGGGCGGCACCUCCUUCGGCAAACAUUUGGUGCGUGAUCUGGACCUGAAGCGCCCGUGCACUUGCCAGCGGAAAAAGAAACGCUGCUACUGCUUCCGACCGCACCGGAACGAGAACUGGCUAUUUUCGCGCUACUCCACCGGCUGGAAGUGUGGUCUGCACGCGGACUGGACCGAACUGACCGGGUGCGUCGAUCAGGAGCUGGACAAGAACGAGGGCGAAACGGCGAAACGACGCUACUUCUACAUCACGUUACUGCGCGAACCGAUCGCGCGCUACCUGUCCGAGUUCCGGCACGUGCAGCGCGGUGCCACGUGGAAAAAUGCCCGCCAUUGGUGCCUGGGGCGGCACGCAACGUCCGACGAGCUUCCGCCCUGUUACAAUGGUGCCAACUGGAAUGGUGUGGCGCUGGAUGAGUUCGCCGGGUGCGAAAGCAAUCUGGCCGCCAACCGGCAGACGCGCAUGCUCGCCGACCUCGCACUGGUCGGUUGCUACAACAAAACGUACAUGCCCGGUGCGGAACGGGACCGCAUCAUGUUGGCCAGCGCCAAACGCAACCUAGCGGCCAUGUCCUACUUCGGUCUGACCGAGUACCAGAAGAUUUCCCAGUACAUCUUCGAGGAAACGUUCAACCUGCGGUUCGCGAUACCGUUCGAGCAGCACAACACCACCGUGUCGACGGUGACGAUGAACAGCCUGACGCCGAGCCAGCGGGCCCGCAUCGACCAGCUGAACGCGCUCGACCUCGAGCUGUACGCGUUCGCGAAGAAGCUAAUGUUCCAAAGAUUCGAAAGACUCAAAGCCAAAGAUAACGACUUCGAGGUCCGGUUCGCGCAUCUGGGCAAUCUGGGCGUACGGAGCGGCGUGACGGAGUUCAACUGGGACAGCAACAUUGACGAUAUGCCCAGCAACGAGCAUCACUGAUAUCGGGCCCCGCGGGCCCGUUCGGCACCGGCGAUGAUGACACCGCAGCAGGACGACCGCGACCACCGUACCAUCAGCACCGGUGGCGGUGGACGGCGUCGCUGGCGAUCGAACGGUGGCAGCGGUGGACCGUUGCCGGCCAGCGGACCAUUACCGUUUCGUGCGGUGGCGUCUAGCGGUAACCACAGUGCCACCGCGGAUACCGUCGCCGCUCAUCAAAACUCAAUCAAUCAUCAGCGCGCCGGAAGUGGCGGCGGCGGCGUUGGAUACGCCGGUCCAUCGCACGGUGACGUUGACAACCCCAUUAGUGCUAAGCUCAAUCUGACGACUAUUCCUAGCAGUGAACGUAGGCGUAAGAAGUCUAAUAAGCAACACCCCGAUCCGCAACGCAUCCGCAAGCACGAGAAUACGCAUCCGCCGGUCGAUGCAACUAAGCUGUUGCAGCGAUAGAAUCGCCGUACGGAGAUGGAAAGUGGAUGAAAUUAUCGGUGAGCGCACGUUUGUUUUGCGCGUGCGUGCUGCUGGAUUAGAACAAUGGAAUGGACGGCAAUGAGGCAGGCUCCUGCCCCCCACCAGUAAUAGUGUGUAGAGGAGGUGACAGACAGGUGAAGCUUUUAAAGAAACCCCAUUCAAUCGUGUUUGCCCAGUGUUGCACACAUAACGCUUAAUAAUCAUCACCGUCACGUGAAUGCCGGAAUGGAGCCAGCAGCAACAACGCGCUGGACGUGCUGAGCUAUCCUUGUACAUCGUUGCGUAGUUUUUCCAGCGCUUAGUUCUUCGGGUAGCUUCUUCGAUAAGAUCCCCCAGCGUCCAACAUCGGAUGAACGUUAAACAGCCAAGGUGGUGUGGUGCAUGGCUUUAGUGUAGCUUUAAGACAUUUAUCAUAAAACCCACGGUAUGAUGGAGUGUGUUUUGUCGAAACGCUUUAGUGACAGCUAACAACAGGAUGAUAAUCGCGGACCGUGAAAAACACAAAAUCCCAGUUCAACGCUCACACACAUUCACCGGUGGUUGUUUGCUCUUGUAGGCAUAUCCGCACAAAUGCAUUCUCAGGGGAAAACACAAAAUGGCAGCAGAUUUUAAAACUGGAGGGGUUUUUAAAAAUAAAACUACCCCCCCGGACAGAGUAGAUCCAAAAGUGUGUGAAAGGAGCAGCUGUGUAGAGCGGAUUUGUGGAAAGAUGAUACGUAUGAAGGUAUGGAAAGUGUUGCUUCAUUCGUGAAAAUAGCAUCUGAACCGUUGGACACAGUGGAUGCAGUGAAGAUUGACUUCCGUUGUGUCUCGUUCGUCCUGCUGUGAUACCGUACUCUGGAAACGACACUCCGACGGUCGUGGCGUGUGGCGGUUUAUUGGAACUAAUGGCAUCGUCGUCGCGAGAAACGGUACGCGCGAGUGUUGAAAAGUGAAAUGUGAAACUCCUCCAGCAACUCGCACACACAGCGAGAAAUCUUCGAGUUAACGAGUUAAUGUAACCUGUCAUCAUGUCACCGAGCUCGUCACGAUGGCUUCAUCAUCCAGAAUCGUCCUUUUAGACGCACACACAGUCAUCUCCAUUUCGCGUCACCGGAAAUGGAUGUGUGUAAUGCCAAGGUGCAGCAUCUUGAAGGCCAGAGACCGUUGUGCAUCGACCGAGAUUUUCAAAGCGAAUGCACAGCAAAGGCACUAGUCGCUGCAGACACGUCAGACCAAUAAGAGUGUACACACCACCCAUGCUCCAAGAACACGUCACACCGGUUGUUCACAGGCGAUGCGAACGAUGGGUCGCCUCUCUGGCCUAUGACCUCGUUUACGUUUUCGAGCGCAAUGUAUGCGGUGAGCGCAAUCAAGCCUAGCAUGAAGGAAGCAGCACACACACACAUUGUUUGCCAUGUGACUUGAGCCGAAGGGAUAACCAGGACGAGGUUAAAGGAGGUUUAUACGAGCGGCUACCAUUUUUGUGCUGCUGCUGCUGCUGCUGCUGCUGUUGUGCAACGGUUCCAUCACGUCCCACCCACCACAGCCCGUACGUUGUGGUCGCUUUCUUCAGUGAUUAGUGUCCUACGACGAGGGCGCGGGCUGCUCCGUCUGUACAACCCCGACAGGAUAAAGCUGACGCCGCGCGAACAGGAAUGAACCGCUCUCGAGUGCUGAAUGCUUCGUACAAUGUAAAACAGAAAAAAACAGGGAAGCUUUUUUCCGCCCCAAGGAGUGGGCAAGGAGCAGCGAUAGUAGACGGCUCGACAAAUGCGUCUCGGGUGCCGGGACACUGCGGCGGCACACACACAUACCCCCCGCCGCGGGUUGGUAGCAGACGAACGAAGACUUCUUGAUGCUGUGGAUGUGAGGGAGCAUCCUAUUACUUCUCAUACGACCACAUAGUCCGUGCUAGUAAGGAAUAAACUAUUAUGCGCUUCUGUAAGCGCACUACCGUUCUACAACACAGUCCUCCUGCUUAAUGCUCCGAUAAAGCUCUCUUCAGCAACAAACUCAGUCCAGACGAAAAAACACAACCGGAGAGAGAGAGAGCGAUCGCCGCAUAACACGCAACGCAUGUUGUACAGUUUUAGUUGAAAAGCUUCUAGCGCGUUGCAGUACAUAGACGCGCAACAUUUAGGGCAUGUGAAUAGGGAAGGCAGCCUUAUAUGCAGGUUAGGGUUUCUUUCACAACACAUCUUAUCCCCUCACAUCGAUUUAAGUUUCUCAGAUUUAAAGUUCAAUUUUACAAUUGUUUUGUAUACACUAUUAUAAUCCCAACCACGAUGUCAUUGUGGAAGAGGUCAAUCGACUGUAUCACAAAGAAUGGUGCAUUUUCGGAAAAUUAGUGAAAAAGCGCAAAGCGAACAACGGCGAAGAAAGUGUCCCCAACGCAACGCAGCGGGCUGGAGGGAAGUAGCGUACCAAAGAUUAAAGGUGUGAGCUUUUGCAGUUGUUUUUCGUACUUCCGUACAAGCAGUGUGUUUGUGUGUCAUUGUUUAUAAGCGAAGUUGCAAGGUGUGCCGGGGGCUGCCAGAAGAAAGUUGAACAGGAAAAACAAAACAUUACUAAAGCGAGAACCCAUACGAAUGCGCACCACCAUGUGUAGAUGAGAUCUCGAUGCGCGUGCCUAUGUAUUUUUGUUUUUUGUUAUAGCAAAGCUUGCAAAGCUGAUAACGAUUUAGAAGUGUUUAGUUUUAAACUUUGUUUAUAUAUGUUUUUUUUUAUUUGACUUUUGGAUCCUCAAGCCUUCGGAGGGCCAUCAUGUUUUACACCACAAAUGCACAUCUUGUUGUGCUUCCGGGGAAUAAUAUUCACUGGUAAGGGUAAUAGCGGAGGCGUAUGAGAGAGGGAAAGAGGAGGGUAAAAGCAUUGAAGUAAUGCAAUAUACAAUUUCAUAAAACCAUAGUGCAAUAGGGAUGAUAGCCAUUGAUAAAAAGCCAAGCCGAGCGCAGCAACACAAAAAUGUGUGUGGCACCUCAAACAAAUAAUGGUAACACGCAUUACUCGAAACCCCCCAAACAUACACACACAACAAUACAACAAAAUCAUAUCAAAAUGAAAUAGAACGAUAGGAGAGUGACAAGUAGAGAGCGCCAACGUUGAGGUAGAAAACGUACCAAACCGAAAGAGCAGCAAGUAAAUAUUCCCGAAACAGUUAACUACAAACCCUCAACAUUAAACUUUAAAAGGGGAAAAGAUGGACUUUUAAAAUCUGGUAUUUAGUGGUAAUAUGUUUCUCACUUAUGAAUUGCAUUUUAUCCACACCCUUCUUUUGUUUUAGUUUGAAGAAGAAAUUUUUAACGAAAAAUCACAAUUUCACAAUGGAAGCUUUCCGCUGAAAGUCCUGCGUGUGAAAGAAGGACUACAUAAGAGGAAGCAUACAAAUUCCCACCGGUUCGAAAUGGAACGAGGAAUAGCAAAACUGUAAGCAAUCGCCUGCAAAAAGGCAUGGGUUGGUCAUUAUCAAGUCGUUUUUAUAUCACGGCGGUGUCCAUCACACAAUCCAUCGAAAGCACUGAGAGAACCACGGUUAAUCAACUUCGCCCGUUACAGUUACUUCCCAUUUUACUUUCUUUUUCUAUUUUGUCAUUCAUCCCUUUCACUAUCACAUUAAAAGUAACAGCAAAGAGAGAAAAGCUACAGCGACAGACACAUACCACCAAUAAACCCCAUCCCGCCAGAAACACAUCGAACUUUGUGAAUGAGGUUAAUUUAGUUAUGCUUCGUGUGCGCCCGGGUAGUGGAUAUCCGGAUCCCUUAACUCUAGAAGGGACCGUUUGUUCCGGUAACAGAGGCAGUGCAGGCAUUAAAAUAAAUCCUCACAAGAUCCUUAGAUAGACAGAAUGGGAAGAAAGAUAGAGAGACAGAGAGAUGGAGCGUUAGGGUCACCGCCACGGCUUUGUUUUGAUGAACGGUGGAUACGAGCAAAAUUAUAACAAUUUAUCGUUUGCGAUACUUCGAUAAAAACGGACUGACCAAGGGAUAAAGCCAUCGCAUCCGGAAAGGAAAAGAACGGGCGAAAAGGGUGGUGAAUGGAAGGAUGCAUUCAUUUAUUAUUUGAUUGCUUGUAGGAAGAAACGUUCGUGUGAUUCGCUAAUUUUCGCCAUAAAUUUCCCCCCAACGGCAAACCUAAGCAAGCCCCCGCAGAGUUUAGGCCGCGGUGAGAAAUGUUAAUCCCAGUCAUGUAGCGCGGGCGGACCCUUUUUUGGUCCAGGUUGUGUGUGUGUGUGGGAAAAAGCAGUAAAUUCAAUAUAGAGCAGGAGCUUUAUGCGCGAAACGGGAAAAAAAUCACCACACACAGCAUGCGGUUGCUAAGGGUACAAAGGAUAUAACGCACCUGGGUUUUUAAAAACAAUCGCAGUUGGCGAGCUUUUUUGGUUGUUUGGGUGAAGCUUUUCAAAAGGUUUUGUUUGCUCUUUCGAUCGUUUUUUUGUUUGUUUAACCUUUUUUUAGGCUAAAUCGUUUCAAUUACACACAAAAACCUUAUUAUAUCUAUUACACCCCAUACGCAAUGCAUUUGAGAACAGGAAACAUACAAUUCUUUGAAACAGACGGACUUUAAAAACACACAUUAACCCAUGUUUGUGUGCAGUUAUGCUGUAAAAAUAGAUUAAAAGGGAAAAGUAACAACAAAUGAAUUAUAAUUAUACCAAAAACAAAAAACAACAACCAAGCAGGUCAGGUGCGCGCCGCCCCCUCCUACAUCUCGUUCAUUUCCGCCUCUUACAAAACCCUCUCCAUUUGUAUGUAGCGUUACUUGUAAUGGAUAAGCGCAAAAAAGUGAUUAAAAAGAAGUAAUGCGUAGAAAAACCGCAUUUUAGGUUGUAAGCGAAAGGAUACUUUCAGGUUGAGUAAUACAGGCCAUUUGUACAGAACGCGGGGAGCAUUUUGUUAGGCAUUAGUAAAGUGCAGUUGGGAAAGUAAAGUGUGUGUGUGUGUGUGUGUGUAAAAGCGGUUGUCGAGUGAAGAGAGGGAACAUUGUGAACGGAGCGAGGGGACAAAACGUAAAUAACACGUAAAAAACCGCACACCAUACUCACGCGCGUAACGCGGGUGCGCAAAAACAAAGAUUAUAUUACGAUACAAACAAAAUAAAAUCUUACCGAACGGAGUG